GCACAACAGCUACUUGUGUAACACUAGCUUCUAUUCUAUUCUAUAUCUCUCUUUCUCGUUAUUAUUAGUUUAUAGCUUUAUUUGCUGAGCGAUUUACAUUGAAUCUCUAAUAGAGUAAAGUGGUUGCUGAAACAGAGAAGCAUAUAUAGAGAAAGAGAGAAGGUCCUAUAUAGCUGAAGUGUGCAGAAACUCUGAGACUGCAUAUUAGAGUUUGAGUUUUGACUCUGAAGCCUAACUUGGGUUGGUCUCUCUCAUAGCAAGAUGAUGGAAAACGGUGGCAAACAGACAUUUGAAGUCUCAAAUGACACGCUUCAACAAGGAGGUUCCAAGAGCUUUGAUGAUGAUGGCCGUCUCAAAAGAACUGGAACUAUAUGGACUGCAAGUGCCCACAUAGUAACAGCUGUUAUUGGUUCUGGGGUGCUAUCUUUGGCUUGGGCGAUUGCUCAGCUAGGUUGGCUUGCUGGUCCUAUUGUGAUGAUUCUGUUCUCUAUUGUGACUUAUUAUACCUCAACUCUUCUAGCUUGUUGUUACCGUUCUGGUGACCAACUCAGUGGCAAGAGAAACUACACUUACACACAAGCUGUUAGAUCCAACCUUGGUGGUCUUGCGGUCAUGUUUUGUGGGUGGGUUCAGUAUGCAAACCUAUUUGGAGUGGCAAUUGGGUACACCAUAGCAGCUUCCAUAAGCAUGAUGGCAGUCAAAAGGUCUAAUUGUUAUCAUAGUAGCGGAGGGAAAAAUCCAUGCAAAAUGAAUAGCAAUUGGUACAUGAUUUCAUAUGGUGUUGCGGAAAUUAUCUUCUCCCAAAUUCCAGAUUUCCAUGAGUUGUGGUGGCUCUCUAUUGUAGCUGCUGUCAUGUCCUUCACAUACUCAUUCAUUGGACUUGGCCUUGGUAUUGGUAAAGUUAUAGGAAACGGAAGAAUUAAAGGAAGCCUAACUGGUGUAACUGUUGGGACUGUGACAGAAUCCCAGAAAAUUUGGAGGAGUUUCCAAGCUCUUGGUAACAUAGCCUUUGCCUACUCCUACUCAAUGAUCCUUAUUGAAAUUCAGGACACAAUCAAAUCUCCUCCAGCAGAGUCACAGACAAUGUCCAAGGCUACUUUAAUCAGUGUUUUGAUCACAACCGUUUUCUAUAUGUUAUGUGGCUGCUUUGGCUAUGCUUCUUUCGGAGAUGCAAGCCCGGGAAACCUUCUCACUGGCUUCGGCUUCUAUAACCCAUAUUGGCUCAUUGACAUAGCCAAUGUUGGCAUAGUUAUCCACCUUGUUGGUGCAUACCAAGUUUACUGCCAACCCCUCUUCUCAUUCGUGGAAUCACAUGCAGCAGCAAGGUUCCCAAAUAGUGAUUUUAUGAGCAGAGAGUUUGAAGUACCAAUCCCUGGCUGCAAACCCUACAGGCUCAACCUCUUCAGGUUGGUUUGGAGGACAAUUUUUGUGAUUUUGUCAACUGUGAUAGCCAUGCUCCUACCAUUCUUCAAUGACAUUGUAGGGCUUAUUGGAGCCAUUGGAUUUUGGCCCCUCACUGUUUAUUUACCAGUGGAGAUGUAUAUAACUCAAACUAAGAUACCAAAGUGGGGCCCAAGAUGGAUAUGCCUACAAAUGCUUAGUGCUGCAUGCUUUGUAGUUACUCUAUUAGCUGCAGCAGGUUCCAUUGCUGGGGUUAUUGAUGAUCUUAAAGUUUACAAGCCAUUCGUCACCAGCUACUAAUUGAAUAGGAUAAUUACUUAGUGAUCAUGAUCACCAUUGUCAAAGAUUUCAUUAGCAACAAGAAAGAAAAAAAAAGAGAAAAUUCUUGCAGAUUGAAAUCUAUAGGAAUGUGGUCUUACUUGUUUAUUGCUUAGUAACCUUGUAGACAUUUUUACCUAUAUAAAAAAAUUAUAUGUUUUCGAGUUACCC